CUACGGAGGUGCAAGGAAGAUCUCUCACAAAGCAGGGUCGUAGUUGAGUUUGUGGCUGAACUUCAAGAUAGGAUGGCAGAACCUGCCCUCAGAGAGUGGAAGACUGGUCUCUUUGACUGCUGUGUAGAUUGCAGCACUUGUUGCUAUGGCUUCUGGUGCUGGCCUUGCCUUGCCUGCACCGUUUCAGGAAUGUUUAAAGAGAACUCCUGUCUGCCUUUAUGUGACAUUCUGACUCCUGCUGCAUGUGUAGCCUGUGGGAUUCCUUUAAGUCCCCCUGCGGCAAUCUCUCUGAGGGCUUCCAUUCGGAACAAAUAUCAUAUAAAGGGUUCCCUCUGUAAAGACAUGGCAAUUUCCUGUUUCUGUGUCUGGUGCUCCUGGUGUCAGAUGCAUCGUGAGCUAAAGAAUGGAGCUCCUGUCACUGUGGUGCAGCAGCCCCCACAACAGCACACUACUGUGGUCAACGUGCAGGCUAAUCCUGUCAUGAUGGUUAAUCAAAACACUUCUCCACCUCCUGUUGGUUUUCAGAACCCUGCUCAAAACCAGAAUAUGUUUCAAAACAGUCCUCACAGCCCUCCUUGGUUUCAGAGCCCUCCUCCGAAACCUGGUUGUUAUUAAAAUCCCCCUCAAAGUCCUGUUGUGUAUCAAAACCCUCCACAAUGAUCCACAGUCCAAAAACCCUGUUAAAAGUUCUAAUGCUUAUAACUCCUAACAACAUCUGAACAAACUUGUGAAAAAUGUAAGUUUCUCUGAUCAUUCAUGAUCA